CUUCCAGCAGGACAAGAGCCGAUUAAACUGUGAGAGUUUCUGAAUCCUCCAUAUUGCUCUGUUCCGUGAUGCAGUGGACCAGCUCUGCGCAGAGCUGGUGCUAUAUAAACCGCGCGCGCGUCACAGACUGAUUACAACAAGGGACAGAUCCGUGGUGCUGAAAUCACCUGCAACACACCACGGCGGCUCCUAACCAAAAACAAAACUACAGACACGGCAACAUGCAGGCCAUGAAGAAGGGAAUCUCCUGGAAACUUUUAAUAAUUUCUUACUUAUUCCUGGAAGGCUCCUGUCAAGACUUUGGUGGUGGACAGACACAGUUUAUUUGUACGUCCGUGCCCAAGGAUAUGGACAUAUGCGCUGCUACCCUGCAAAACAGUGUACCUGGGGAGGAUCUAAAGACCACGGUAAUGCAGCUCCGCGAGACCGUCCUACAGCAGAAAGAGACUAUUAUGAACCAAAAAGAGACUAUCAGGGAACUCACUUCCAAGUUAUCUCGAUGUGAGGGGCAGAGUGGCUCUGAGCCCGGACCUGGGGGAAGAAAAAAAGAGACAGGGACUAAAAAUACCAUGGGGGAUGUAUCAAGAGGACCUACUGACACGCUGGCGCAACUAUCGCAGACUUUACAAUCUCUAAAGCAGAGAUUAGACAAUCUCGAGCAAUUUAGUCGGAACAACAACUCGGUCCAAGCGAACAGUCUGAAAGACUUGCUACAGAGUAAAAUCGACGAUUUGGAGAAGCAGGUGUUAUCCCGAGUGAACAGUAUAGAAGAAGGUAAGCCUGGGCUGCGGAACGAGACCGAGCAGCGGGGGAGAGUGGAGUCAACCCUCACAUCCCUGCACCAGAGAAUCACCGACCUCGAGAAAGGUCAGAAAGAAAACAGGCCCUUGGAUAAAUUCCAGCUGACUUUCCCAUUAAGGACCAACUACAUGUAUGCCAAAGUGAAGAAGAGUCUCCCUGAGAUGUAUGCCUUGACUGUCUGCAUGUGGCUCAAGUCCAAUGCCUCACCUGGUGUGGGCACUCCAUUUUCCUAUGCAGUACCAGGGCAGGCCAAUGAGCUGGUGCUGAUUGAGUGGGGGAAUAAUCCUAUGGAGAUCCUCAUUAAUGACAAGCUGGCCAAAUUACCGUUCAUAAUCAACGACGGGAAGUGGCAUCACAUAUGUGUCACAUGGACAACUAGAGAUGGAGUAUGGGAGGCUUUCCAAGAUGGAGUCAUGAGGGGGAGUGGAGAGAAUCUGGCUCCGUACCACCCAAUCAAACCACAAGGUGUUCUGAUAUUGGGACAAGAACAGGAUACGCUUGGAGGGGGCUUUGAUGCGACGCAAGCUUUUGUGGGAGACCUUGCAAAUUUUCAUAUCUGGGAUCGGAAGUUGUCUGUUGGAGAGAUAUACAACCUGGCAACUUGCAGCACCAAAGCGCAGAUAGGCAAUGUGUUUUCAUGGUUGGAGACCAGCCUCGAUAUUUAUGGAGGAGCCUCCAAAUGGACAUUUGAAGCUUGUCGUCAACUCAACUGAAUAACAGGGAAAAGUAAAAAGCCAACGAGAAAUAGCAAUUGACGCAUACCGGACAACACAUCACCACAAUGCAGUGCAGAUGGAGACAGCACUCCUCAACAGGGAGGACCACAGAACGUCCAGCAUCAGUAGAACUGGAGAUUGUGAACUUUUAGAGGACUGAAGAUACGCGUUUCAACCAAUCAUGCGAUUUUCUUUCUAUUCCCACUGUUUGGGAACUUCACUGUGAACGACGGGUAGACUUGAAAAGGAAUGUAUACUUCAACAGUUAUAAAACAGAGAUUUCUUCUCUAUUGCUAUUGUUUCUCUAUCACCACCUGCUUGACGUGAUUUUGUGUAAAGAGUUACAUGUUUAUUGCCAACAUACAAGCCUGGGUGCCUUGGGCCUUUGAAAAAAAUUCAGCACAUUCAUUAUGAUUUGCAAAAUGUUUCGUGUCUAUGUGUUUAUUUUCAUUUACCAAAAGAUUUAUUUCAAAAAGAGAUGUUUAUUAUCGUAACACUUUGUAUUGGGAUGGAUUAUACAAUGGUUAUUGUACUUCAAAGCAAUUUGUUAAUGAAUAUGGUGCAUUUUGCAGGUGUUUGUACUUUAAUAGGAAUGUUAUCUGUACAGUAACAGCAUGACAACUAAAUGCUGCAACAGCAUCAACAAAAUACGCUUUUACAAUCCUCCUUUUGGGUUGAGAUUUUAUACUGUAUUGUUAUAUGCUCAAAGCAUGGCAACACUGAAAGUUCUACUUUUUUUAAUAAAAUUGUGAUACCUGAAUCUA